CUGGGAACCGACAAACGGAAAUGAGAAGUAAGGUAGUUUACCUGUUUUCGAAAGACAAGAGAGUCACACACAACAGCACAGGUAACUUCCUUGAACUCAAUAGUCAAGUGGAAAGUGCCGAGGAAUAAGUCUAAAUAUGAGAUGAAAAGAUUGGAGUAAUGAGUGACUGUGAUUCAAGAGUAAGAUGUCGAAGCUUAAAGUUCGAAAUUUGUUCAGGAGCAAAUUUCCUCGCACCAAAAGUACCUCUGAACUUGCCGAGUGGACAAAAAGUGAUGAAAAAUUAAUGAAAGCAGUUGAAAAUGGAGAUGUUAAGAAAGUCACAUCUCUUCUUGCCAAAAAAUCUUUGGUGCCGACAAAAUUGGGGCCUCUUGGAAGAUCUGUAUUUCACAUUGCUUGUGCCCUUGGCAAUGACCGAAUCGUUGACCUACUUCUGAAAUCGACAGAAGAUGUGAAUGAUCUCACUAUUCAGGGAAAUUCUCCGUUACAGCUAUCAGCUGCCAAAGGUCAUUCUGCUGUCGUUGAUCGCUUGCUCAAGGCGUCAGCUGAUGUGGAUCUACGUGACAGCAAUGACAUGACAGCUCUUCAUCACGCGUGUGCAGGGCAGCAUCUGGAGGUUGUCAAUGUAUUGUUACAAGGACAUGCAAGUCCACACUUAACUGAAAAGGGUGGAAAGACACCCCUGUUCUACUCAGCUCACCGAGGAAGGGAUGAGAUAUGCAAGUUGUUACUGGAUAAAGGAGCAGAAAUCAAUUGCCAAGACAUUCUUAGUGUGACACCACUCAUGAUAGCUGCCAAAGAAGGCCACAGAAGAGUUUGUGAAUUUUUGCUUCGGAGAGGGGCUAAUGCAGAUUUGAAAGACAGAGAAGGCCACAGUGCUUUGAACUACGCUAUAGCAGCAGGGCAUGGGGAACUUCACGAAGUGUUUGACCGUCCUCCAGUCCGUGUGUUUGUAGAUGACCCACCAAGUCCAGCCUCAGUCCAAAAUCAUCCAGAAAGUCAUCUGCAGAGUGAUUUUGGCUUGAGGAUAAGUGUUGAGCCCCAUGCAGCAUAUGAUGAUGGGGUGGAUCAUCAAAUAAAUGAAACUCCAGUCGAAGAUUAUGUCACUGAUGAUGAGAGUGUGAGCCAUAUUGAUGCCCAGUCAGUACAUUCUGUCGAUGAUCGACUCCUGUCCCGAGAACACACCUCCUCUGCAUCUGCUCUCUUGCAAACUGGUGCUGCUGCAGACAAAACCGAAAGAGCUCUCAGGGAACUCAAAGAGGAGCAUGACCAGUUGAAUGAUGACUACAGCACCUUGUCCGUAGAAAAUCUCCGGCUUCGAGACAGGGUACAAUCCCUUUUGGGCAGGUUGAAUGACAAAGAUCAACAGGGCACAGAAACUGAUCAAAAAGACCCAAUCCAUGAGAUAAAUAAUUUGAAGCUGUUGCUAGAAGAAGAAAAAGAGAAGGUCAGAGCGCUACAAGAACAGGAUCAGACUAAAGUAAAACAGAUUGCUGCUGAUGAUCAGAAUCCCAACCUGGACAAGAUGGACAAGGAAGACAGUGGGAACACCUCACUGGGCACAGAGGAAGAUGUGACACUAGUAAAACUGACCGGUGGAUCUGGACUGAAUGAUGGCGAGACAAUAGGAAUGCUGAGAAGCCAACUUCUAGCACUGAAAAACGAGAAUGAACAACUGAAAACAGCUGUGAGCCUCCCUAAUGGUGAUAUUGGGAGUGAUAAAGAUGUAGAGUCUGAGCCUUCUGAGGAAGGCAAAACUGCUCAGCUGCAACAGAUCAAGACCAUGCAGUUUGAAAUAAAGCAACUGCACUCACACAUCAAUGAGCGGAAAGACGAGUUGGAGAAGCAUCUGUUGAGCAGCGCGGUGGACCAGGAGGAGCUGCUGCAGCAGAACGCCUCGAUGACCUCGGAGGUCAAGGGCCUGAAACAGCAAGUGGCACUACUGGAGGAGGCUCUGGAGGCGGCCAAGACCGAGGGUCCUACGGAAGCCCAGAGACUGGACGCUUUGCUCGAGCAGAGCCGCAACUUCUUUGAGGAAGUGUCGUUUGACGACGACGGCUUUGUGAAUGGCCGUGACAUGACCAAGGAGGAGUUUCUGCAGUCUCAGAAUCAGCAGCUGAAGGCCCACUGUUCUCUGCUCACCGACGAGCUUGAGAAACUUCGUGCCACUUUUGACGCCAUCCUCAAGGCUGGUGACAACUUGCAGGCAGACUAUGAUCAACAGGCAGCAGAGAAAGACCAACUUCAAGAUGAGCUGGAUUUGGCUGUGAAAGAGAAGACGGAAGUGAUCAAAGCAAACGAGUUCCUCUUAACAGACAACAAUGCUCUUCAUGACGAUCUGAACAAACUGGUUCACGAACUGGAAAAAAUGCAGGAAAAGUUCACUGCGGCUCAGGCGGAGAAUGAAGAGCUGAAGCGUAGCGUCGGUGUGGCCAGCAAAGUCGGGGAGGUGGCCAGGUUGUUGGAGGAGAGGGAUAAACUGCAGCAGAAGUGUGAGGAUUACGACAGCACCGUCAUCAGAUUACAGCACGACCACGGCAUUCUUCUGGAGGAGGUUCAGAGCCUGAGCGAGUCGGUGACACAGCUGACGGCCGAGCGGGACCAGCUGACCGCUGACCUGGAGGUGAUGGAGUCGGUCUGUCAGCAGAAUGAAGCCUUGCAACAGGACUACGGCCAGCUGGAACUUGACUUUGGGGAACUUCUCAAAGAAAAAGAAUCUCUGGAGCAGCUGGUGGCAGGCCAGGAGGGAGGGGUGACCGCUGCAGAGAAGCUCCAGUCUGUCCAGUCCGUGGCUCCGUCUGACGAGACAGCGUCACUCCAGGUGGCGUAUGAGCAGGUGGCGGCGGAGAAGGACGAGGUGGAGGCUUCGCUGGAGCAGCUUCGUCUGGACAAUGCCAGUCUGCAAGACCAGGUGAAAAAGUUGGAGAGUAAUCAGGUGGAUUUGCUGGCAGCUAACGGCAACAACAAUGUCGGGGAGGAGAAGGAGUCAGACAGUAGCGAGGAGCUGAGCAAGUCUCGGGAAGAGCUGAUCACGCUGAAGAAACAAGUAGCCAGGCUCACUAAGGACGUCUCCGAGUGGGAAAAGAGACACUCGGACACUGUGACCACGUACAGGACACAUUUGCUGAGUGCUGUUCAGGGUCACAUGGAUCCGGACGUGAAAGAUGCUCUGUAUCACAUUAUCGAACUGCGUAGUAUGGAACAGUUUUGUUGAUCAAGAUGACCUCCGACUGAUAAUCCAGACAAGUGAAAUUUUAUGAUUUAAAACAAUUUUACUUCCCCUGUGAGCAUAUCAUCUGUGUCUGAUGCUAAUUGUAUAUAUCUUGCCAAACUUACGGAGCAAUGCUUAAAAAGAAAAAUGUAAUUAUUUAUUGCUAUGCAACACCAUGAUGACCAUGCCUUUAGUCAGAAAAUGAGGAAAGAGAGAAAGAGGCAGACCAGCUGCCCCAUAUGUAAAAAACACCUGAAAAUAUCAGCUCCUAAGAUCUUCAGGAAAGCAAGAAUCUUGAGGAUGGUGAUGCAAAAUGAGGCACAUGUCAGCGGCUACCAUCAUGAUUAAUUACGGGUCUGGCAAACAAACUAUACGCAGAGUUAGUGUGAGAUUUAGAUGAUAUGUGUAUACAUCCCAAUGCAUGAGAGUGUGAAGAAGACUUUCUAUGUAUAUAUACUUAUUUGCAUCUGUGUGUGUACUGUACAUAUGUGAUAUAAGAUUGUGAAAGAGUACUAAAAGCAAUUCUAUGUGAGUGUGUGCUAUGAGUGAUUGUAUUUAUGAGAAUACUUCUUAAAGAGCCUGCUUUGUUUGCUUUUGAAACUACAGAGUCUACACCUUGAAGUUGAGGUAUAUAUAUAUAUAUUAUUUCUGUUUUGUUUCCUACCUUCUGACAAGGAAUGCUACUGUAGAGUUAUGUACGUGUUUGUAUCUCUCCACAUGACAUAAGUUGUGCUGCACGAGGCUUUCAGGAUCCCUCAAGCAGUCGGAGUGGGAACAGCUGAUUGUACAGAUUUUGGUUGUUGCUGAAACUCUAUACAUGAACAAAUUUUGAGACCUUUAUUGAAGACUUCAAUUUCAAGAAUUACAGGUGCUGUCACUUGCUUGUAACAUCGUGGCUACCCAACGUUUAAUUCAGCCUUUUUUGUGUAAUUGUUCCCUGAAACCAUAUUUGCAGUUGAAAUGUUAUGUUUUGAAAUGUUUCCAGAUAACAUUCUGCCCAUCUUUUUCAAGAAGAUACUCAUCACUUUUCUAAUUAUUCAUUUAAAAAAAGGUCAGUAGGUAAUAACGAAUGAUCCCUCAAAACAAUGAGCUGUCCUAGAUGUGAUUGUAGCCCCUGGCGCAUCUUAACCUAAUGCUGUAAAUGUAUUGCAGCUUUGUUCCUUUUUUACCUGGGUUUAAGCUGUAUUCAAGGCUUUCAAGGUUUUGAUUAUUUGAAUCUUGACCACACCACAAACAACUUCAGCCCAAUCUAUCUCCUACCUGAUGCUGCUGUUGAGAAGCGUUUGUAGUGUGUUUCUAAAUCUACAUUUGCAGUGUGAAGCAUUGCCGAUCACUUUUUGGAAGGAGUAGAGUUAGGAUUUUUAGACAGCAUAUUCGAAAGCAUUGUAAGGGAUUUGUGCAACUUAGUCUCACAAAUUAUGUCUGAAUUUCUGAACAGAAUUUUUGUGAAAGCAACUGAGCAAGCUCAUGAAAAGAGUCAGGAGUCAGAAGUAUGACUGGCUUGUUAUAUAAAGAAAACUAUUAUUAUUGAGAGAUAGAUCAAAUGAAUGUAGGGGGAAGAAAUUUGACUGUUUGUCUCAAUGUUGCCUGGAGUUUUGGAAUGUGCACAAAAGUGAUGGAGAUGUGUUGAAUUCUGUUUAGACAUAGAUUUCCACAAAUA